UGUGUGUUCUGUGCUGUGUGCAGCUGUGCUCAAAAGUCAAAACUGAUAAAUUACCACUUGUGAAGAGUGAAUGAAUUCAGUAUUGCAUAAAAAAAAUAUAUAUAUACUUUGAUCUUUUUAAUAUAACAGUAAUGUAAUUUGAGUUUAGGCUGAUCGCUUAAGAAUGUCAUCAAAUGCUGAUAACGAAGAUGAUUCUUUCAUCAUAAUCUUGGAGUCAUCCCCUAGACCCAACAUGGAUGUUAAGUUCGACACGAUCGCAAAUGGUGUUGUGGAUAUACAAGAUACAAACAAUAUACCUGAAGAAGCAUCUUUAUCUCUCCAAUCAAUAUUCUGCUUCAAAGAUAGCCCAUCUCCAGCAAGCAUGAUGAUUGCAAGCACUCUUGUAACAGAAGAUAGAAGCAUGGAAGAGCUACAGAAGCGGUUUGGUGAACUCUUGGAUGAGAAUGUGGUGCUGAAAGAGACAUUGAAGGACAAUAAUGACUCCAUGAAAGAGCAGUUUAUGUUGAUUGCUUCAUGCCAGGAGGACAUGUUGCAGACACACAAAGUGUACCGAGAAAAGUUUGAUGAGACAAGAGAGCUUGUUGCCAAACUUCGUCGGGAGAACAAAAAGCUAAAGGAUGACAUAGCACUCAGUUCUCUAUCAGUCUCCAUAGCAGAGAGCAGGUCGGGUGCCUCAUCUGCCGUUGAGUUUGUGACAUCACCAGACGACGAUGUUGUUGAGAAACUUGUGGCUCAAUUGGAGCUAGUAGAGAAGCAAAGGAGGGAGGUAAUACUUGAAAAUGAGAAACUGACCUGGCAGAAGGAAUCAUUGGAAAAAAUCGCAGAUAUGAUGACAAAGGAAAGAGAUGAUCUUAAAGAUAAAAUCCAGAAAAUUGAGAUAGAAAUUUCUGAGAGAUUCAAGGAUGAGAUUGUAAAGAAAAAUGUAAUAAUUAAGCAAAAUGAAGAAAAAAUUAUCCAACUCAAGAACCAAGUCAAAGCAGCUGUGAUUAAAUUAGCAGAUAGUGAAAAUGUUAAGAUACUGUCGGAUGAGAUUACAAAGAGGGAUCUAACGAUAAAGCAAUUACAAGAUAAAGUAACUCGGCGACAGGAUGAACUCAAAGCCGCACAGAUUAAAAUAUUAGAUUUGGAAAAUAUCAAGUUGGAGUUCACCCGCUACAAGGCAGGUGUGGGCGAUAUGAUAAAGGCAUACAACGAACAGAUAAAUGAGCUGAAGAUCAGACUUAAAAGUGUACAGACUACUGUUUUCCAACCAUUGAGAUUUUCGGUGAAUAAUGACGAUAAGACACCUGACUCCUCAAAAUAUGUGCACAACAUGAAACUGUAUGACCAGACCCUGAAGCACUUAGCAGACUAUAUGAAUACAACGACCAAUGGUACAACGGACAGUCUCGUACAAACACUUGAAAUAUUUACAUCGCUACAAGAGUACAAGAUAGACACAGCAUCCAUCGAGAAGGUGAGGUCUCGGCUUCUUGAUGCCAAGAAACUCAUUGAGCAACAUCACACAUCUACUGUUAAUAAUGUCGCACAAGUAAAGGGAGUACUGUCUAUCUUCGAAAAUAUAUUCAGCGAUUACAAAGAGCUGUUGAAAAUGAAAACUGAAGUAAAGGUGGACCCGGCUUCUGGGUCUGUGGAGCAGUUGACCAAAGCGCUGAUGGCUCGCGGUGAGGAGGUGCAGGCCCUCCAGAACGAAGUAGCGAUGCUGGUGGGACACACAGACGAUGUGGCGCUGCUCAAGGCUCAGCUAGAGUCCUUUAGGAUUGACUUCGAGGCUGAGCGCGAGGGUCGCGCCCAGAUGGCGAGCGAGAGAGAGACGGCUCAGUCACAACUGAGGCUGCUGCAGAAGGAACACCAGGUCCUCGUCAAACAAUUGGAUGAGAUACGCAAAAUGAACCCUAGUGUAGUCCAGACAGCGUUGGCUCGGGUAAAUGUUACGACAUUAAAACAACCCACCGUGGUCCAAGCUACGGCCGCUUCAGCCACCCGAGUGUCCACCACCAGUUCAACAGUUACCAGCAAUAGCGGACGUACUACCACCAUGGCAGCUGCGAAGCUCUACAAGUGUCCCAAAUGUAACCAGUUCUCGACCGACCAGUACAAAGUGAUGGAGGACCAUUUGGACUACUGCUUGGAUGACUUCUAAUCUACCGAAAUGAGGAUCACAGCUGAGGACUAUAAUUCUGACGUUCGACAAUAGAAUAUCAAUAAGUCUAGAAAAUAAAUCACUUGACAUUAUUUGACAAUAAGACACUAUUUCUUGUUUUUGUUUCAAUAAAAUCAAGCAAAUAGUUAAUAAGUUAUAUAAUUUUCUUUUCUGUAUUACUAAAAAUAUACGGUGCGAAUAACCCUCGUGACGUCAGGACAUCGCGCCCCGCUCUCAUCGUAAUGGAGUGCAAUGUAAUGAUGUCACAGCUAUCAGCAACUCCGGUACGCAGCGCCUAGCUACAUGCUGUAUACAAAUUAAUUUUGCUUAUUAGUUUUGAAUUGAGCUUGCUUGUACUGUAGAAUUUGAUGAUAUUAUGAUUGCCACAACUGAAGAUGAGCUGCCACACAGUAGUGUGCAAGAAAUAUCUGUGAGUCUAAAUUAAGUCAAGUUACAUAGAAAUAAUACCAGACACCAACUUUAUUUAGUACAAUUUUAUAGCAAAGUGGUGGCUCUGUCUGUAAUCUUAUAAAAAUGUGUAAGAGGUACUUCUUCUUCUUCGUCGGAUUACUCUUGACAGAGCAGUCGUGGUCACGUCGAACGACGAACGAUUCUACGCCAGUUAUCCCUGGCUAUUGCUUCUCUGGCACAUGUGUUGAUGGGAGUAUUGGUUAAGGCUUUGAUCUGGUCUGUCCAGCGCAUAGGGGAGCGUCCUCUUGACCUACUGCCGUUGACCCUUCCCUGAACAACAAGUCUCUCUAUGGCAUGCUCUCCACGUCGCGUGAUAUGUCCGAAGUAUCUGAGAAUACGGGCUCUGACUAUAGAUGAAAGCCUUUCUUUCACCUUGAGCUCUUCAAGUAUCGAGACGUUUGUGCGGCGUUGUGUCCAAGAUACUCGUAGCAUUCGUCUCCAACACCACAUUUCUAGUGCGUCAAUCCUUUGUCUCUCUCGUUCUUUGACUGUCCAUGUUUCGGCACCAUAUAGUAGUAUGGGAAACACUAGAGAUCUUACUAACUGAACUUUAGUAGCUUUUUUUUUUUUUUUUUUUCUUAAUCUAAUUGAUUAUAUAUGUUAAUACUAACAUUAAAACUAAGUCAUAAAACUAAAGAGCCUAGGAAUUAUAACCAGGUCAGGCCUUCUCUGACUCUCUUUUUGCAAUAGAUAAUACACCUAAUCUACCUAACUUAAUAAGCAUAGUUCCUAUCGUGGUAAGACUAAGCAUCAUAGUUAAAGAACUCACCAGUGAUCCCCAGAAAUUCGGGUCAGUUCCAAUAUUCGCUGCUAUAUCAGCAAAGCUCUCUGAUUGUAUACUCCUCAUACUACUAAUUUCUCCUCGGAAGACGUAUUCAAAAUCAAAAUCUAAGGUUUGAUUAAGCUUUGGUAUUUCAACUCUACAAUUUCUGUUUGAUGAAAUUUGCUUGACUAUGUAAGGCUCAUUAGAACAUUGAAAGAAUGGUACAUCCCAUGUGCAGUUUGAUAUGUACUCCACUGCACCAUCUGUAGUCAUCUUAUCUGAGGACAUCACGGCAAAAGGCUUAUCUAAACAUCCAUCACAGGCAGAUGUCAUUAUGACACUGACUCUGCAUUUUGCAUCAAUAACAACUAUUUCCUUGAGCUGCACACUUCCAAAUGAUAUUGUCACUGUCCCUGUGACAUCUUCAUUCCUGCUCACCCAGCUCUCACUUUCAGAUACCACAGUUUUGAAGCCAUCUUUGGACAGUAAAUAUGGAGAGUUUGAUGUGAGCCUGUUUAAUGCUGGCUCCUUAGUCGUGCAUGAUACUACACAACCUACAGUAGAGCAGGGAAGGUGAAUUUCACUAAAUACAAUGUUCUGAGUAGCACCAAGUGAUAUCUGCAAAUCACCUAUUAUGUUCUCCUGAGGCAUGUUUAGUGCACUAGCAAUUACUCCAUAAUAUUUCCCCUUAUAUGAUAACAUGGUUGGACGAGAAGCUGGUCUUUCAUAUGUGAAGGUGGUUAUCACUAGUGGCAUGUUCAAGGCAGUUGAAGGCAUCAUUGUCUCCAUGUUUACAAAAGGAGUGUUGCUAUUCAAGGUGACAACCUUCUUGAUGCCUUUGUAAGUUGUUUCCAUUUCUACAAUCCACAGCUCAGAAGAUUUAGCAUAUACAAACCCACAGUUGCUGUAAUCAGGGUUGACCUGCCAUCUAUACCACACACAUCUAGAUGUGUAAUGGCAGUACACAUCACAGCCUAAUGAGUCUAUUUGGCACCCAUAUCCAUACGGCUCUUUUGUCACUCUGCUCAGCAUAUUUAACUCAUAAUUGACAGUGCACCUAUUUCCUUCCCAGCAUGCACCACUGCCUUUACAAUUAUACCAUUUUGUUGUCGUCACAUUGUAAGAACAAGUCUUAUACAGUUUGGUGUACCUAGAAACAUGGGUUCCCUUUUUGAUUCUAAGCUUGAGCAUGUCUCCGUUGACGUCGUUGAAGCAUAUUACUUGACCUUGUGUUAUAGUAGUCAUAUAUGUGUCUAUAGGUUGGCACUUUUCUUUUGCACAUACUGUCCCCUUACUAGAAAGAUAUAAAACCUUGUCACAUGCAUGAGUUAAUGUGCCUGACAGGCAUACGAUAAAUAAGCAUGUUAGAAGGUACAUAUUAGCAUCACAGCCCCUGUAAUAGACACAUCUUGACUGAUUCGAGUUUGCUCUUGGUGGUAAUUCUGGCAAUGAUGGUUCUGUUCUUGGCUUUGGUAAACUCCUUGGUUCGUGGCUUCUGUUUGUGUCAGUUCCCUUCCUUUCCUUGUAAAUGAUGUCCCCAUAUAAUGGCUCAUCGCCGUUGACAUUUUUUCUUAGUACCAGUCUUAUGUCAAUAAUUCUGUCCAUUAGAUCAUUGUUGGGAACAUUAAAUUCCCUGAACUUAACUUGAUCAUUCCUCCCAGUUAUUUUGUUGUGUCUCUUCACCUGAAAUGCUCUUCUUUUGUCUGAUCUUGUCAACAAACAAGCACCCAUUUGUAUGGAUAUGGUGUAAAAUGAGUUGUUGAAACAGCACAAGAAUGUUGAUAUAAUGACAAGUGCCAGUAUUGCUGCAACGACAAAUCCUAGAAUAUAUAUAGUCCAAUCAUUUCUACAUUUGAUAAACUGCUGGUUAUAUAGGCAGUAUGAUCCGCAUGGCAUACAUUCAAAUCUGGAGACAGUUAAUCCGUUCGUUUUGUUAUCACAAGUCCAUGUUAUUAGCCCAAAAUGGAUUCCAGGUACAAUGACAUUGCCGUCAUUGUUGAUCGUUCCCAAAGAUAGUUCGUUAUUUACCAUCAUGUCACAGUGCUUGAAACCAUGAACAGUCACCUCACCGUAGCGAGCAGUCACUGUUUUCGAAAAUAUCUCCGGCGUCUGAGUUGCCAUGACCAAUAUAAUCAAAAUGAUAAACAUUUUUACUUUACCCCUGCGUGCUGCUGGUUGAGAUUUUUUGGUGAUAUUCCUGUCCCGCCAUAUCCUCGUCAACUUCUGCAUUGCAGAUCUGGUAAUAGCCAUUCGCCUUCUAAUUUCGUCUUCCGAGCCACCAGUAUUAGCGACCAGUGAUCCUAAGUAUAUGUAUGACUGUACAACCUCGCAAUUAGCAAUCUCGACUAUAUCUGGUGCAUUGUUUUGACUUCGAUCGACAAUCAUCAUUUUUGUUUUCUGCCGGUUUAUUUUAAGGCCAUACUGGAGGCUGGUAUGCUCGAUACGAUGUAAUAAUUCAGCAAUGUUUUCCUUACUUGUCGCUAUUAACGUGGUGUCGUCGGCAUAUCGGAGAUUGGAUAUGUUUUUGCCGCCAAUUGGUAUGCCAUCUGUCCAAUCUUCUAGAGCUAUCCUCAUAAUGUGCUCCGUAUAAAUAUUGAACAGAAGAGGCGACAAAAUGCAGCCCUGCCUGACUCCUGCAGAGGGAUGAAGUGGGUCGGACGUGACAUUAUCCACCUUGACUGAAGCGGAACCAUGUUCAUAAAGGGCUCUGAGGAUUUGCACCAAGUGCUUGGGCACUCCCAUCUCUAUGAGGAUCUUCCAUAGUUGUGGCCAUUUAACAGAAUCAAAUGCCUUUUGGAAAUCAACGAAGCAUAUGAAAGUCGGUCUGUUGAAUUCCUUUGCUUUCUCUAUUAUUUGUCUCACAAUUAGGAUCUGUUCUCGUGUACCUUUGCCCUUUACGAAACCGGCCUGCUCUGGUGCUAUUUCCUUCAGAAUAUAAGCCUUCAGUCUUUCGUUUACUAUAUGGAGUAAAAUUUUGCUGGCAUGUGGUAUGAGCGCUAUAAGACGAUAGUUAUUGCAUUUCGUUGUAGACCCCUUUUUGUGUAAUGGUAUGAAAACAGAGUGCGUCCAUUCCUUCGGCCACAUUCCGCUCACCCAAAUUUUGUUACAUAUGGUGUGAAACAUAUCUACUCCGAAAUCUCCGCAACAUCUGAUUGUCUCUAUUGGAAUACAGUCAUUUCCAACUGCCUUCCCUCCUUUUAGAUGGUUGAUUGCAGCUUUAACUUCUUCUCUAAGAAUAAGAGGUUCCAAGUCCUGAUCUUCCGGUUCAGUGGAGAUAUAGCUGCGCGAAUCAGGGUCAAAGAAGAGCGACUGGCAGUAAUUCUUCCAGACUUUCAGAGUAUUUUCCAGUUCAGUCACAACCUUUCCCUCCGAGUUUUCGAUGGUCCAUGUUUUAGAACUGAACUUUUUUGUAAUUUCACGAAUCUUUUUGUGAAGGUCUUUGGUUUCAUGCUUUUCGCCAUGGAUUUGUAUUUCGGUACAUAUAUUUUGAAGAAACCUAUUUUUAUCACGACGACAAGCCGCUUGAAUUCGGCAACUUAGACGGUUCUGCUGCGUAAUGUCAGCCCCAGUAACUGGUACAUAUUAAGUUAAAAGCAAGCGUUUAUAAAGCCUCGUAUCUACUAGACAACAUUUGGCGCGCAACCCGUGCCGCUCAACAGGUUCGGCAACGUUGUCCGUCAGCGCGCGACGUUGCCAGCUCUCGCGUCGCGUUGUUGUUUGUUUUCGUGCAACAUGCAGUUGAGCAUAAAUUAUAACCACUGCCGCCUAAAUCAACACUAGAUCCUCUGGCGACAUGUUGUCGAUGCCUGGUCUAGCGUAGACAGACAACGUUGUUAAACAAAAGUUCCGCGAUGAGUUUCAACAGUUUCAACGCCAAAUGUUGCCUAGUGGAUACGAGGCUUCAGGCGAGGUAACUUUAUUUCUUAUUCAUUAACAAUGUUAAUUUUAAUUAUUGUAUUUUUCUAAUAUUUAAUUAAAUAAUAAUGAAUAUUCAUUUUUUUAUAGUGUUUCUCACAGUGACAGCCCUGCGUGUUUCUUAGUAUGCCUUCAGCUAAUUUUAAAUAUCUGUUGACUAUGGGAUUGUAAAACAUUAGAAGGUGCUGUUGGAGUUCAAAGAAGAAAUUAUUUUUUAGUUAAAAAAACAUUGUUUUUAUAUUUUUAUUUACUUGAACUAAUUAUAGUUUUAUUCUUAUAAUAAUUUCAUUAGAGUAUGCUUUUUGGUUUUUGACAAGUCGUUAUUUUUAUAAAAAAAAGAGUCAAUUUUGUAAUUGAUUAGUGAUUAGACAAAUGUUUAUUUGUGAUUUUUCCAUAAAAUUGUGAUAUCUAGUAUUAAUUUAAUAUCAGUAUCUUCUACAUUAAACAAUACUUGGCACUAUAUGACAUUCCCGUUAGCGCCAUAUGUAAUUAAGGUAAAUGCUUUAAUCGCUCAAUGUUACCAGUUUCUGUGCCAUCUUGUUGUAAAUUUCCAAUUUUUUCUUCUUCAUCAUGGACAUUUGACAGUCAUUACUGUUGCAAACUUACUUCGUUUUCAGAUAUGACAUCUACAAAAUUUUGCUCUGUUUAUUCUUACAUGGAAUACUCAAGCACUGUUCAAUUGUUAACUUAGUUGGUAAUUUACCAUAGUGAAUAAAUUCUGGAUUAAAUAUAUAAUACGUUCGUGUGGAUAGUUCUAUUCUUUUUAUUAGUAAUAAUAAAAUUUAUUAUCAUUAAACAAAUGGCCAAUAAUAUUCGUAUGAGCAAGUUUUCAUUAGAUUUUUUUAGUAAUUAGAACUUAGUAUUUGCUUUAAAUUAGAAAAAACUCUAUUUUAUAUACUUUAUUUAGAUUUGGAAGGUAAUAAACGAAUAUAUAAGAACAAUAACUAUUCAAUUGUUUAGUUAGAUAGAAGUUAAGGAUGGUGAAAUAAAUGUGAUUCUCGUAACUGAACAACAGAUGGCGUUAUUAGCAAUGCCAUAUUUUAUUAUCUAUGUUAAAUGUUACCUAGUUUCUAUGAACCACUAGUUUGAUCCUUAGAUACUUAAUCAUUAACCAUUAAUUUUAUUCAAAUAUAUGACGCAACUUCUAUGAAGUUGUAAAUACCUCAAAAAUAAACCCUAAUCCAUUUAAUAAUUAUUGUUUAUAAUAAAAACCAGAUUGAACUAAUUUAUACUUGUUGUCCAGUUACUGUAGUAAUAGUUAUAGGUCGUAUAAAGUGUGAUUGACAAAGACUGCUUAGUGUAACAGAGAAAAGUUUAAUUAAAUAUAAACGGGUCAUGUUUGUGCUACAUACUAUUAUUUAUAAUAAAGUUUUAUUACUAUGAAA